GGACGGCUGCUAAUGUGCUUCAGUGUAAACAGACCGUCGAGCAGCGCAUGAUGAGCUCAACCGGAGCGGAGCGCACGGCGAAAUGCGUGUUUCUAGUCGCUUUUUGCAGCGUGUGUCAGGCGCUGCAGGGCGGGAUGCUGUUUCCCACAGAAUCUCCCUCGAGAGAAGUGAAGGACGUGAGCGGGCUGUGGAGAUUCAGAGCGGAUCUCUCUCCGGACAGGAACCGCGGCUUUGAGCAGGAGUGGUACAAGAGUCCGCUGGCGGAGACGGGGCCUGUUAUCGACAUGCCGGUACCAUCCAGCUACAACGACAUCACGCAAGAUGCCAAAAUCCGUGAUUUCAUUGGCUGGGUGUGGUACGAGAAGGACGUAUGGGUGCCGGCACGCUGGAUCCAGGACCGGGGAACGCGGAUUGUCCUCCGAGUGGGAAGUGCUCACUAUUACUCUGUGCUUUGGGUGAAUGGUGUUAAGAUGACAGAGCACGUGGGCGGCCACCUCCCGUUUGAGGCGGACAUCGGCAGCGUGCUGCGGCAGAGCAGUGCAAACCCGUGUCGAAUCACCAUCGCAGUAAACAACACUUUAACUCUAGAGACGCUUCCACCAGGAACCAUCCAGUACAUGAACGAUCGCACCAGAUACCCCGCUGGCUACUUCGUUCAGAACAUUAACUUUGAUUUCUUCAACUAUGCUGGAAUACACCGGUCGGUCCUGCUCUACACCACACCGAAUGCGCACAUCGAUGACGUCACAGUCGAGACGACGUUCUCUGAUAACAUCGGGCUGGUGAGUUAUAACGUGUCCGUGUUGGGCAGCUCUAAACCCGCUGUGAAAGUGACUCUCUCGGCACAGGACGGCAGAUGCGUGGCUUCGGCCGACGGCACAAGAGGAGUCCUCAAAAUCACAGAUGUCAACCUGUGGUGGCCGUACCUGAUGCACGAAAACCCAGCUUACCUUUAUUCCAUGGAGGUUCAGGCAACAGCAGAGGACGGACAGACGGAUUUUUACACUCUUCCUGUAGGAAUUCGUACCGUUAGAGUCACCAACACGCAGUUUCUCAUCAACAACAAGCCGUUCUACUUCCACGGGGUCAAUAAACACGAGGAUGCAGACAUCCGAGGGAAAGGCUUCGACUGGCCUCUGCUGGUGAAGGACUUUAACCUGAUGAAGUGGAUGGGAGCGAACUCGUUCCGCACCAGUCAUUACCCCUACGCCGAGGAGAUUCUGCAGAUGGCCGACCGGCACGGCAUCGUCAUCAUAGACGAGUGUCCUGGAGUGGGAAUCAAGGACAUACGCAGUUUCGGAAACGUUUCUCUGGCUCAUCACCUGACGGUCAUGGAGGAGCUGGUGCGGCGUGAUAAGAACCAUCCGUCUGUGGUCAUGUGGUCUGUGGCCAAUGAGCCGGCGUCCGAAAUGCAGCCCGCAGGAUUUUACUUCAAGGAACUCGUUUCUCAUACGAAAUCUCUGGAUUCCACUCGACCGGUCACAUACAUCACAGACAGCAACUAUGCCAGAGAUCAAGGGGCGCCGUAUGUGGACGUUAUUUGUGUGAACAGCUAUUUCUCGUGGUAUCAUGACCCGGGUCACACAGAGAUCAUCAGUAUUCAGCUCAACACUCAGUUCGAUAACUGGUACGGCAAAUACCAGAAACCCAUCAUCCAGAGCGAGUACGGAGCCGACGCCGUGCCCGGCCUACACAGCGAUCCACCCAUGAUGUUCACAGAGGAGUAUCAAAAGACGGUCCUGCAGAACUACCACAACGUGUUCGACCAGAAGAGGAAGGAGUUCGUGAUUGGAGAACUCAUCUGGAACUUUGCCGACUUCAUGACGGCACAAACUAUCACUCGAGUGGUUGGGAAUAAGAAGGGAAUCUUCACUCGGCAGCGUCAGCCCAAAGCUGGAGCGUUUCUGCUGCGAGAGCGUUACUGGAGGAUCGCCAACGAGACAGGUGUGCUGCCCACCUGGGCCAGGUAUCCCUGCCAGUGAGCCGGAUUAGCCGCUUCCUGAGCGCUGGAUAACAGGAAGAGCAGGUGAAAAUGCACUGUUUAUCAAGUGGAAGUGCCUUAUACGUGCCACACUAUGACAAUCAAACCUGUGAAACACACAUAUCUGUUCCUAAUUGUGUGAUGAAUCCAUGUGCUGUUUGUUCUUUGUAAAGACGCUCAACUUUUUUUAUUGCGAAAGUCCUGAAUCACAGUAACAGUAUUAAACUGGAACAGGAAUAUUUUUCCUUAAAUGUGCCUUUUUCUGGUGUUCAGCCUGUGGGAUUUAUAUCGUGAAUGUAAUAAUAUUCAAACCUGUCAAGAGUGUGUCUGGCUCAUAUUUCACCUCAAAAGAAAUAAAGAGAAAUUACUUCUAGUUUAACAAAAAUUAAGCCUAUUUUAGGAGCAGCAACUGCAUUAUUUUGCAUUAUCAUUUACGUUACAUUAAGACACAUUUCUCUCCAAAUUUAUUACAGUAAUGCAAAAAAGGGUCAAAAUAAGCUUUCCGUUGAUGUAUGGUUUGUUAGGAUUUGACCGAGAUACAACUAUGUAAAAAUCUGGAAUCUGCAAAUCUGGUGCAAAAAAAUCAAAAUAUUGAUAAAAUCGCCUGUAAAGUUGUCCAAAUGAAUUUUACAGAAUAUCUUCAUGGAACAUGAUCUUUACUUAAUAUCCUAAUGAUUUUUGGCUUAAAAAUCAAUAAUUUUGAUACAUACAAUGUAUUUUUGGCUAUUGCUACAAAUAUACGCGUCGCUACUUACGACUGGUUUUGUGGUCCAGGGUCACAUAAUUUUAAUAAAUGCAUUACAGUAAUAACAUUAUAUAAUGAUAAUCUAAUAAGGAUCAUCAUUGAAAGUAAUGACAAUUAAAACUUAUUUCAAUGAGAAAUCGAAGGGGAAAACAAUUAUAUUAUUCAAAUUUACAUAAGGUAAUAUUAGUUGCAUUACAAUAUUAACAAUAUCUAAUGAGAAUCUAAUAAGGAUAAUAAAAACAUUUAAUACAACAAGAAUUUAAGGGAUAGUUAUAAGUUGUACUGCCUUAAUAUUGCCUAUUUUAAAAUAACUGCAUUACAAAAAUAAAAAUACCAAGUGUGCAUCUAAUAAGGAUCAUCACUGAGAAUAAUGAGGGGAAAACAAAGAUGUUAAACAUCAAGAAUUUAAAGAAAACGUGUUUAAUUUUCUUAAAAAGGUCAAAAUAAAUAUACAAAAUAAAUAAAUAUCGUUUGAGGUUUUUUUGUUUGUUUGUUUUUGUUUUUGAGGUGAAAUGUGACCAGGAUGUGUUUUUUCUAUUUCUAUUUUCUAUGAAUUUAAAUCAACUUGUAAUAAUUAAAAAAAAAGACACUCAAAGUCCUGAAUCACAGUAACACUAUUAAUAGGAACAGGAAUAUUUUUCCUUAAAUGUGCGUUUUUCUGGUGUUCAGCCUCUGUGAUUUAUAUUGUGAAUGUUUGCAAUGUCAAGAGUGUGUCUGGCUCAUAUUUCACCUCAAAAGAAAUAAAGAGAAAUGACUUUUGGUUUGAAGAAAAUGAAGCCUAAUUUAGGCCCAACAACUGCAUUAUCAUCAUUUACAUUACCAUUAAGACAAAUUUCUAACCAAAUUCAUUACUGUAAUGCAAAAGCACAUAAUUAUAUUAUUUGUUUAUAUAUCAUGGUAAUAUCUUUGUAUUGCCUUAAUGCAUUUUACAAUUGCAUUAUAUUAAUAACAUUAUAUAAUGAGAAUCUAAUAAGGAUCUAUUUUUAUGAGAAUUUGAAGGGGAAAACAAUUAUAUUAUUCAAAUGGUAAAGUAUUUACAUAUCAUGGUAUUAUUGCAAUACAAUAAUAAUAUCUAAUGAGAAUCUAAUAAGAAUAAAAAAACAUUUAAUACAAUAAAUAUUUACAAGAUAAAAACAACUACAUUAUUCAAGUGAUACUGCAUUAAUAUUUUAAAAAUAAUUUUUUUUUUUUUUUUUAAAUAAUUGCAUUGCAGUAAUAAAAAAUAUCUAAUGUGAAUCUGAUAAGGAUCAUCACUGAGAAUAAUGAUGGAAAAAAACAAGAGUUUGAGGAAAAAGAUGUUUACUUUUCAUAAUAAGGUAAAAAUAAAUAUACAAAAUAAAUAUCAUUUCAGGUUUUUUUUAUUUUUUUUUUUUUAAUGUGACCAGGAUGUGUUUUUUCACUUCCAGUAGUUUAGGAGCGAUAUUUUAUAUGAAUUUUAAUCAACAUGUAAUAAUUGGCUCCAGUCUUUCAUGACCAAAAUAUUUCUCAUUUUGACGUGUCUGUAUGCGAGUGACCAGCUGAUGAUUUUUGUACGAUGGCAGAAUGUACUUCAAUUACUUUUAAUAAGAAAUUGAAUGAGUCCUUUGUGUUUGUGGACAUUCCAGACAUUCCUCAGCGAUGUCAUCGAAAUAAACGACAUUCCACAAGA